AUGGCGGGGGGCGGGCCGGGCGCGGCGCGCUGGGGGCGGCGGGGCGCGGCGACGGCGCUGGCCCCGGCGCUGGCGCUGGCGCUGGCCCUGGCCCUGGCCAUGGCCAUGGCCUGCCUGCUGCUGCUCCGGGGCGCGCUGCUGGGCGCGGCGGCGCUGGGCGCGGCGGGGGCCUGGUGCGCGAUGCGGCCCGGCCCGCCCGCGCCGCGCCCGCCCGGCAAAGCUGCCGCCAAUGGGGGCCCGGCCGCCCCCUCGGGCCGGCCCGCGAGGGCCCCGCCGCGCCGCCUCGGGGCCCCGCCGGCCGCCCCGCACUGCCCGCCGCAGGCUCCGCGCCGCCGGUACCCGCUGCCGCAGACCCGAAGCGCCGUACCGGUCGGCCUGCCCGCCGCCCGCUGGGAGGGCUGCUCGCCCAGGAGCGCGCCCUGGGCUCGUCGGGCCGGCCCGCUCCGCAGCCCCGUCACCGUGAGGAUUGCCCGGCCGGAUGCCGGCCUGACCCGCUCCCCAGCCCUGGAGCAGCUGGUCUCACGCAUGGCCUUCCCGGCCAACAGCAGCCUGGACCCAUGUGCAAAAGAGACUGUGCUGAAUGCCAUCAAGGAGAGCAGGAAGAGGGCUGUGGAGCAGGAGGAGGAGGAGGACCAGGCUUUUGGGAACGAUCAGGAGAGCAAGAGAAGGCGCCACGAUAGCAGUGGAAGUGGACAGUCAGCGUUUGAGCCACUGGUAGCCAACGGUGCCCCUGCCUCUCUCAUACCCAAGCCUGGCUCUCUGAAGAGGGGCCUUGUCUCGUACUGCCUGGAUGACUGCUCAAACAAGAGGUCACGCACCUCUUCCAUGAGUUCCCUCAACAAUACAUAUGCUGGCGGGAUCCCCAGCUCCAUCCGCAAUGCCAUCGCCAGCUCCUACAGCUCCAGCCGGGGCCUCUCACAGCUGUGGAAGAGAAGUGGUAUGAGCGUGUCCCCACUGUCCAGCCCAGCGUCCUCCCGCUCCCAGACACCAGAGUGGCCUCUCAAGAAAGCCAGGGAAGAGGAGUUGCAUCGCUCCAACACUUCCACUCCAGUGAAAUCGGACAAGGAGCUGCAGACAGAGAAAGUGGUAGAGACGCCAGUGCGGAAGAAGCAGAAUUCCCUGAGCCCACCAUCCAUGUCGGGGAGCAGCGGGAAGCGCAAGCGAAAGAUCCAGUUGCUGUCGUCUCGCCGGGGAGACCAGCUGGCGCUGCCCCCACCACCUCAGCUGGGCUACUCCAUCACGUCGGAGGACCUGGAUGCGGAGAAGGCGGCAGCGUUGCAGUGGUUCAACAAAGUCUUGGAGGAUAAGGCUGAUGUGGACCCCAGCACCACUGCAGAGACUACGCCUGUGUCCAGGCCACUGGCGUUCACCAUGACGUCCCCGGGGCCUGCGCCUGCCUCAACAGCUCCUGCCCCGGCCAGCACCAACUCACUCCUGGACAGCCUGAAGAAGAUGCAGAGCAGCCAGGCUGCGCCCUCGCCAGCAGACUCCACUGGAGCUGCGGUAGCAUCCCAGCCGCCUUCAUCAGCUGCACAGCUGCCUGCUCCUGCUGUAUCGCUGGAGUCGAGUUCUCUGCCUGCCACCUCUGCUGACACCAAGCCUGUGCCCGUGUUGAGCACGCCUGCCCCUACUGCCCCCGCUGCCUUAGGGGUGCAGGCCCCCAGCAGUCUGGCACCUCCUGCGUUGACAGAGCUGGGCCAGACCCCCAGCAAACCUCCUUCUUUCCCGAAGCCAAGCAUCCUUUUUGGGAUGCUGUACACCCCACCUGCCAGCCAGGCAGCAAUGACUGCAGCUGCUGCUGUGCCCACCACGACCACUGCUGUGCCCACCACGACCCCUGUCUUCAAACCCAUCUUUGGCACUUUGCCAAAAAGCGAGAGCACAGCACCCUGUACGGCUGUUAUCUCCACCACAGUCACCGUGUCUGCGAACUCAGGCCCUUCCUCAACAUCCUCCACCACCACCAUGUUCAAGCCUAUCUUCGGCAGUGUCACCACAGCUUCAUCUCCAGCGCAGGCCUCUCCCUUUGCCUUCAAACCAACGUCACAGCCGGCCUCGGCCGCAGAUCUGCCAGCAGCCUCCAUGACUACCGUGGCAGGAUUCACAGGUCUCCCUAACGUCAUCUUCACCACCGCAGCUACGACUGCCACUAUGCAGAGUUCCUCCACAGAUGCCACUAUUAAACCUGUCUUCAGCUUUGGACUCAACCCCCCUGCCUCCACCGGCCCCACUGCCAGCCUGACCGUCUCCGCUGCCACAUCCACCAGCACAUCUCAGCCCUUCCUGUUCGGGGGCCUGGCCAGCUCAGCUCCCGGCACAGAAACCAGCUUUGCCACCCCAGGGCCUGUGUUCCAGUUCGGAAAGCCACCUCCAGCCACGGUCACUGCCACCACCAGUGUCCCAGGAGGCCCUGCCUUUGGCCAAGCACCUUCAAACUCAACAGCUCCUACCACCACUGUGGGCUUUAGCAUAUUUGGGGGCACCACGCUGACCUCUUCUACCCCAGCCACCACAGAUCAAGCAACGUUGACGUUCGGCUCAUCUGUUUCAGCUUUUGGCAGUUCCUUCAGCACAAAUGCGAAGCCGCCACCACUGUAUCCCGGCGCAGCGAGUCAGCCCACCUUCAGUGCUGGUGCUGCGGAGAGCCAGCCGCCUGCCAGCAAGCCUGCUGCUGGCCCCGUCACCUUUGGCCCCCCAUUCAGUUUUGGAACCCCUGCGGCCCAGUCCACUGCUCAGCCGGCAUUUGGCAGCGGUGCUCAGCCAGCCUUUGGCACAACCAGUGCCCAGGGUUCCUUCGGCACCAGCAGCACUCAGGUGGCGUUUGGAGCCACCACGUCGGUCUUCUCUUUUGGAACAGCCACCUCCACCACCGCCAGCUUCGGUUCCACCACACAGACCACGAGCAGCAGCACCGGCACUGCCGUCUUUGGCACCACCCCUUCUCCUUUCACCUUUGGGGCGACUGCCCAGCCGGGCCCCUCCGCCAGCGCCUUUGGGAUCAGCACGCCCACCCUGAGCAGCGGCUCCCCCACCGUGGGGUUCAGCUUCGGGGCUGGGCAGAGCGGGGCAGCCCCGGUGGCAACACCGUUCAGCUCUUCCCUGACGCAGAGCGCGCUGGGUGCGCAGAAUCAGAGCACGCCCUUCGCCUUCACUGUGCCCAGCACGCCCAACAACAAGCCCGUGUUCGGAGGAACUCCUGCACCCACCUUCGGGCAAAGCACGCCCGUGCCAGGAGCAGUGGGGAGUGGAAGCAGUAGCCUUUCCUUCGGGACGCCCAGCGCUCCUGCCUCGGGCUUCGGGGGAGUCGGCGCUUCCUUUGGUUCAUCCACCCCAGCCUUUUCCAUCGGAGCAGGAUCCAAGACAGGCGCUCGCCAGCGGCUGCAGGCACGGAGACAGCAUACCCGCAAAAAGUAACCUCUGGUGCUGCUGGGCCCCCGCUGCCAGCCUGCAGGAGGAGCCCCUGCACUUGCAUGGGGGGCUCCGGUCUAGAGUGGUCCCUGUGGCGAGACCAGUGGCGAUGGGGCCAGGCUCCCCAUCUCUGAUGCCAGUCAGAGACCAUGCUGGGUGGCUGUGCCUGGGGUGGGACAGGAUAAACCAAACUCUUCUUACUUGAACAGUUUCACAGCCAAGGCUGGAUGAACCUCUGUACAUAUCUGCAGCGUUUCCUCCCUCACUUUAUUUUGCCAUGUUUCAUAACGUGUAAAUUUUUCCCCAUUUGCUUCUUCUAGCUGUUCCCAUGCUUUCCUCCCCAGCCCCCUGACAGUCAGCCCCCUCCCCUGUGGCAUAGCAGCCGGCAGAGCUGCAUGUCUCCGCUUGCAGCCUGGCUGGAGACAUGCUGCGUUCCUGCUGGCUGCCGUUCCAGGCUGCUGAGGGAUGCCGUCUUCACCAGGUCCUGAAAUCUUUCCCCAUUGUUUCAUCCCAUGGACUGGUGAACACACUCCCUCUGGCUGCAUUGCCAUCCCUGCAGAACACGAGCCGGGGUUAGUGCCAGCCAGGCCUGGGCGUCUGAGUGCCACGGGCAACUGACCCGGCUGCAGCUGGGUGACGACCCCCUUGCUGUGACUUACAUCUCCCAUCAGCCUGGGACCUCGGCUGGAGGCAUGGGUUGGGGAUGGGUGUCCCUCCACCUGUCUCCCGGCUGCCAAGCAGCCCCACCAGGCUGCGGACUCCCCCCACCCUGCUCGUGUAAAGCCCCCUCUCUUUUGCUUUAUUCGUGCUCCCGUUUCAAGGCGCUCGUUGAAUCGAGUUUGGAGGAAGAACUGAACCGUGUGUGUGGCGGCAUGUUGGUUAUGCCGGAUUUGCUGUUUGGAGUUUCUUUUUUUUGUGGGGCACCUGUCCCUUUGUGGGGGACACGCCCUAGCUAAUUGGGUGUUGACAGUAGCAUCACUGCGUGGCUGCUCGUGCUGGGGGAGUUGUCCCUUCGUUGUCGUGACUGAAAGGCAGGCAGCAGGGGUGGCGGGAUGGGGCCUGGACCCCCAGGCAUGGGGGCCCCAGCCCUGGCAGUCUCUCCCCUCCCUUCCCCUCUCUCUUGGUGCCCCUUCCCCACCUUGGGGUGCUCUGGAGCCGCUAAUGGAAGGAGUCCAGAGCAGAUGGGUUUCCACCCCCCUCCCCAAAUCCAAAUUGUUUUUCAUUUUUAGCUCAUACCCCUCCUUUUGGGUUUUACCAGCUCCUAGGAGCUACGGUGCUGCCUCCCUUGUUCCCAUCAAGCCAGGAGCAGGGCCCUUCCCCUGCCUGGGAGCUCCUAUGGGAAGAGACUGCCAGAGUCAGGGGUCACCCAAGAGCUGCCCCGCACUCUAUCCCGGGCGAGGGAUGGGCACCCCUGCCCAUGGGCUCCGCACCACUUCCAGGAGUACUUUGCUGCCGGGUUUUUUACUCUCCGAGCCGUGUGAGUGUGUGUGUCUGCUGAAGUCUAAAUUAAAAAAAGAAAAAAGAAAAAAAAAAAUUGCAAACAAAUAUUUAAACGUUUUUUAACAAAAUAAAAAUUUAUUUUUAUAUUUAAGCUGAAUUGCCUUUGAAUUCCUUCAAGCUUGGUUCAGUGAGGUUGCCAGACCCCCGCAGUGCUGUUGGUAGUGUUUAGCUGUGCCGUCGCAGCCUGGUGAGGAGCUGGCCCAUGCCCUGGCUCUGCCCACAGGAGCUAGCUGUGCCGGGGAAAGGCAGCUAUAUCCCGUGGGCUCUGCCGCUGUGCGCUCCUCCUGGCCUGUAACAACAUCUCCUUAAUUUUAAAAUGUGAUGUAUGUGGAUGUGACUAAACUUUUUUUUUUUUUUUUUGUUAUUUCUUGGAGGAUGAGGAGCAGGAGCUCUUACAGUGACGAGUGGUUUUCUUGUCUGCCAGGAACAAGGUGUCUCUCCCAGCAGGUGGAAGGAGGGCAGGUGACUGGGUUGUGUGCGGUGCAGAGGGGACAUGGCCCCUUAGCGAGUCGGGGCAGAGGAUGUGCCAGCAGGCACCUGCUGCCAGUGCUGUCAGGGUGUUUCUAGCCUUCCCCUACCAGCACAGCUGAGGGGGUGCAGCAGGCUGUUAGAGCAGGGCAGACCUGUGAAGGAACCAGCCUGGGCAAACGUGUCCUUGGGGUUUGAGAAAAGGGUUGAAAAGGGGUUAGUGCACGAGGGCUGCCCCUGGCGAUUCCUCCCUCUGCCCCAGGCAGGGUGCUGAGCCAGGAGGGUGCUUGCUACCCAGCCGUCAGGGCUGGCAGUGGCCUGAGGCAGGACAGUGGCUCCAGGGUGAGGGAGCUGGGAGCCUGGGGCUGGGGUUUGCUGAGAUCAACUCCAGCAAGACCUGUGUGGCAGAGGGAGGUGUGGGAUGAGCAGGGUACAAGGUGAGGGCACCCUGGGUAGCACUGGCUGUUGGUGCUGCCCCCCAAGUAGCUGCCCUAUUUAGGUCCCAAGAGCCCAGCCAGGCAAGGAGCCAGGCUGUGUCCCUUCCCCACCGCACAGACGCUGCUGGGAGAGACCCAUGUGACUGGGCUGCUGUAUGUGGCCAGGUGGAGGCUGGGUUUUAACUCAAACUGAAGACUUGGAUCAUUCCUGGUGUGGCUGAUGAGGAUUUUAGUGUGAAUGUGCAAUUUUUUUCCUUGCUUCUUAUGUCCCUGGUUUAAAAUAAAAAGACUGUGUUCA